AUGGUUAAAGCUGUUGUUGCCGGCGCUUCUGGCGGUAUUGGCCAGCCCCUGUCCCUCCUUCUCAAGCUUUCCCCCCUCGUUGACGAGCUUGCCCUCUACGAUGUCGUGAACACCCCCGGCGUCGCUACCGAUCUCUCCCACAUCUCCUCGACUGCUAAAGUCACAGGCUACCUGCCCAAGGACGAUGGCGGAAAGCUUGCAUUCAAGGAUGCGGACAUCAUUGUCAUCCCCGCCGGCAUUCCCCGCAAGCCCGGCAUGACCCGUGACGACCUCUUCAACAUCAACGCUGGAAUCGUCAAGGGCCUGAUCGAGAUUGCUGCCGAGGUCGCCCCCAAGGCCUACAUCCUCGUCAUCUCUAACCCCGUCAACUCCACCGUCCCCAUCGCCGCUGAAGUUCUAAAGGCGAAGGGUGUCUUCAACCCCCAGAGACUGUUCGGUGUCACCACCCUCGACAUCGUCCGUGCCGAGACCUUCGUUGCCGAGAUUGCUGGCAAGAAGACUGGCUCUGAGCUGACCGUCCCCGUUGUUGGUGGACACUCUGGCGAGACCAUCGUCCCUCUCUUCAGCAAGGUCAGCCCUAGCGUGUCAAUCCCCGAUGACAAGUAUGAUGCUCUCGUCAACCGUGUCCAGUUCGGCGGUGACGAGGUCGUCAAGGCCAAGGAUGGUGCUGGUUCCGCCACCUUGUCCAUGGCUUUCGCUGGAUACCGCUUCGCGGAGAAGGUACUGAAGGCUAUCAAGGGAGAGAAGGGCCUUGUCGAGCCCAGCUUUGUCUACCUCAAGGGCAUCCCUGGUGGUGAAGAGAUUGCACAGGCCACUGGCUUAGAGUUCUUCUCUGCGCCCGUUGAACUCGGACCCAACGGUGCCGAAAAGAUCACCAACCCUCUUGCUGGCAUUACCGAGAAGGAGAAGUCUCUAGUAGACGUCGCCAUCCAAGGCCUGAAGACCAAUAUCGAGAAGGGCAUCAGCUUCGCGCACAACCCCCCUCAAAAGUAA